CGGGCCACUCUUGGAACUGGUCUUGGAAGUCUUGGCCGCCGCGUCUCGGACGUCCCGCCGACUGUGUGCUUGCUGCUGAGACCAUGUCUGCCAGUGAGACAGAGGCCAAUGCUGGCACUCAGAUGGCAGUGGAAGAACCAGUACAGCAGCAGCCGAGUGUGGUGGAACGUGUGGCCAGCAUGCCCUUCAUCAGCUCCACCUGUGAGAUGGUGUCCACUGCCUAUGCCUCCACUAAGGAGAGCCACCCUCAUGUUAAGACCAUCUGUGAUGUAGCCGAGAAGGGCGUGAAGACCCUGACGGCAGCUGCGGUCAGUGGGGCCCAGCCCAUCCUUGGCAAGCUGGAGCCCCAGAUUGCAUCAGUCAGUGAAUAUGCCCACAGAGGCCUAGACAAGCUGGAGGAAAACCUGCCCAUCCUGCACCAGCCCACGGAGAAGGUCCUAGCAGAUACCAAGGAACUUGUGUCAUCCAAGGUAUUGGGGGCCCGAGAGAUGAUGUCCAACACGGUGUCCAGUGCCAAGGACACAGUAACCACUCGAAUGACAGAGGCAGUGGACAUGACCCGAGGUGCUGUGCAGAGUGGUGUGGACAGGACCAAGUCUGUGGUGACCAGCGGUGUCCACUCCAUCAUGGGUUCCAGUGUGGGCCAGAUGGUGUUGAGUGGGGUCGACACGGUGCUGGGCAAGUCGGAAGAGUGGGCGGACAACCAUCUGCCCAUGACGGAUGCUGAGCUGGCCCGCAUCGCCACAUCCCUGGAGGGCUUCGACAUGGCGUCAGUGCAGAGGCAGCGGCAGGAGCAGAGCUACUUCUUCCGUCUGGGCUCCUUGUCAGAGCGGCUGCGGCAGCAUGCAUACGAGCACUCGCUGAGCAAGCUACGGCUUUCCAGGCAAAAGGCGCAGGAGGCCCUGCUGCAGCUGUCGCAGGCCCUCAGCCUGAUGGAGAUUGUCAAGCAUGGAGUGGAUCAGAAGCUGCUGGAAGGUCAGGAGAAACUGCACCAGAUGUGGCUCAGCUGGAACCAGAAGCAGCUCAAGGGCACAGAGAAGGACCAGGAAGCCAAGCCAGAGCAGGUUGAGUCCCGGGCACUUGCCAUGUUCCGCGACAUUGCCCGGCAGCUACAGGCCACCUGUGUCUCCUUUGGGUCCAGCAUUCAGGGUCUUCCCACCAACAUCAAGGACCAGGUGCAGCACGCUCGUCACCAGGUGGAAGACCUCCAAGCCACCUUCUCUGGUAUCCACUCCUUCCAGGACCUGUCCAGCAGUGUCCUGACCCAGAGCCGAGAGCAGGUUGCCAAGGCCCGAGAGGCCCUCGACCAUGUAGUCGAGUAUGUGGCCCAGAACACACCCAUCAUGUGGCUCGUGGGUCCUUUUGCCCCUGGAAUCACUGAGAGAACCCCAGAAGAGAAGUAGUUGGGUGAGAGGAAAGGGCUUGGGGGGCUCUGUCCCUCUCUGGGGGGCUCACAGCAGCAGUCCUUAUUUUGUACCAACUUUUUCUAACCACUCCUCUCAGCUGCCAACUUGGGAAACGAGGCUCUCAGUACUGGGACGUUGCAUUUGCUGUUAAGCGCAGCCCAAUAAGAGGUUUUUCCUACUUUUGAGCUACCUCUUUUCAGUAAGGGGGAUUCUUCCAGUUGCCAGGGAGAAAUUGUGGCAACUGGAGUGAGGGAGUAGGAACAGGGCAAAUAAAACAAAACAAAGAAAGAAAGAAACUGGAACGUCACCCAACUAACCAGUCCUUCGACCUUCCACCCCUCUGAGCUUGAAGGAAGCUUGUUCUGAGCUUCACCCCCGUUGGUCAGUAGAGAGAAGUUUCUGGAAAAAGUAUUUUUUAUGGAUGAUUCCAAAAAGUUCUUUUACUUCUUAAAAGUGGGCCUCCUGGGAAUGGGGUGGCUGCUGAGAGAAGAUUCAUUCUAGAACAGAAAGGUCCUGUCUGGCAGACCUUGUCCAAACAUCCUAGUGUUCAGUAUUGCCUUAAUAAAUUUUACCUGCAGCUACUC